CCGGAGGGCCAAGCCUGUUCUCCCAAACCUCUCUCUCUCUCGCCCUCCCUCUGCAAGAACAAGGCAUCGCCUUCACCCAACACGUGCAGCCAUCAAUCAGGAUUUAACGCAGAAAGAGGGAAUUAAGAAGCCCACCCUUCUUAACUCAAAAAGCAGCACUGUUUUGGUUUGAAAGGAGGUGCAUAUUUCAAUAGCAAGAGAAGAAAGCGUGGCAAGCUGUCUGAUUCUCCCACGUUCCUUGCAGAACUGAAACUGUCCCUGUCAAUUAGAGCGACCAGACUGACUCGCUCUCCUCGCCCCUGCCAGUCCCAGGUUCAGCGACGACUGUUACAGUUUAUGCACCGCAUAUAAAACAAAGCUCAUUUAGAUUUAAGCAAAACAAAAGCUGUAAAGAGACGAUUUAUUUGGCUUUGCGGAUACAGACGAGUUGCCAGCUGAUGAUGGCUGAGUAUUUUGAGUGUUUUCUAAUACCAAACCUCAGUGUAAAUGUUUGUGAGUGAGCGGCUAGAGGCAGCAGCAACAAGCAAUGACGCAAAGCCGAUACCAGGCGGUGAGCGCCAGCUAACACAGUGCUUGAUAGUGAGUUGGCAGUGAGGUUAAACGUAAACCAACUGAGCCAAAGUUGACAGUGGAUCAAGGAGAGGAGAGCAAGGCCAUCCAUGAGCACUGAUUUUCGGCUGUACAGCUUCAGGAUGCCAAACAUCGGGUUCCAGAACCUUCCCCUCAAUAUUUACAUUGUUGUUUUCGGGACAGCAAUCUUCGUCUUCAUCCUCAGCUUACUGUUCUGCUGUUACUUAAUCAGGUUACGGCAUCAAGCACACAAGGAGUUAUAUGCCUAUAAGCAGGUCAUACUGAAAGAGAAAGUAAAAGAACUCAACUUGCAUGAGAUUUGCGCAGUCUGCUUGGAGGAGUUUAAGUCAAAGGAUGAGCUGGGGAUCUGCCCAUGCAAGCAUGCGUUUCACAGAAAGUGCCUGAUCAAGUGGCUGGAGGUGAGGAAGGUUUGUCCACUCUGCAACACGCCCGUCCUCCAAAAUGACCAAGAGAACGGAACCAUGAGUGGGACGGACAAUCUUGUGUAACCAACCCCCACACAACCCCCACACACCGCUGAGCAACACACGAGAAGGGUUUACUCUUUUUUUUGUAAUUACCAUUGUUUUUUUUUCGUUUCUAUUUCUGUGUGUGUGAUGGAGCUGAUCCGCAAGACAGUAAUCCAACGAGGGCUGUGUCUGCCUGAAAGAGCAUCUGAUCAGCAGUCACCCAGUGUUGGGGUGCUGGGUAUCACGGGGUGUGGACUGGGGGAAACAUCAUGAGCCAAAGCACUUUUGUCGUUGGAUCUGCCAAGAAUUGCUGCUGGACCCACCUUAAUAAUGCAGCGUUCACAUUGACCAGCUACUCACAAAGGGGCACUUUACACUGACUUUUCCUCCUCUUGGAUGCUGACGUUCACAGGUACAAUGGGGCAGAGUUGGAGGUUCUGUGCUGUGAGGGGAAUUGUUUUAAUUGUAAGUUGCACCAUGUUCAGUUGGCUAUAAAGCCACGCUGGCAUUUUAAAGGAAUGGCGGACAAAGGGAACAGAUGUGGUCUCUUGAGAAAGUGACUUCACCACGUGUCAAGGGUCUGCGCAUCAACCUGAGCCGUCAGCUUGAAACUGCAGCCGGAUCCUCAAAAAGAGCAAUUCCUCUCCUGUGCCUGAUACCAUGCACCCAUACCCCUCGCCUCACCUGUCUGACCCUUUCCUCCCGAACUAGAUCGUGUAAACCAUGUGGGAGACGGGGUCGCUGGUGCUUGUGUUUGGGGGGAGGGUCUGGACAGGAAGGUCAAACCCGAAUCAUAUGCUAAACAGGACACAUUUAGCUGGAGGACAGGCAACUCCCUAGGACAGGGCUCUCAGUUAGUCAUUUUAUUUUCCUUUGCUAAAAACAGAACGGAUUUUUGUACAAUGGACUAAUUGUUGCAGGCCUGUCCAGCGCUUUAUGAAUUCCUCUUGGGGCUGAUCCGAGGCUGAAACUUGACUGGAGGCUCCUUUAAACUCGGAGGGUACAUGCAGAUUGUCAGACUGCACGCUGUCAGUCAGCCGCGGGAGGAUCCCUUUGCCUCUCCUACAGAUGGAAGGUGGGCGACAGUGAGAUUCUGAGCAGACCGGGUUAUAAUUAGGUUCAAAAUGUUAUUUAUAAGUUUUUUUUAAAUAGAUGUUAAUAAUGGAAAGCACAGACGGCGGGGGAGGGGACGAAUGCUGGAAAAGGCUGCCAGCACAGGGUGAGAUCUCUCUCUUUAGUAACUAAGGUGAUUGAGCAGCGUGCAGUAGAGUGGUGA